UGGCAUUACAUAAAACUGUUUGUUUUUAUUCUGUGUUGAAUCGAUAGUACAUAAGCGAAUCUCCGGACCGGUUCUGUUAAAACAGGUGCUUAAAAAUGCUCGGAAAAGUCUUAAAAACCGUUACUGCCGCCCCAUGCUGCACCUCUUCAGUAAGAUAUAUUUCCACUACUAACCCCCUGCGAUACCUUGCCCCGGUGGAGCUAUCCUACACGGUGUACGACAAAGUGGCCUCGGAUUCUUCCACCCCGCCAGUUCUCGUCCUCCACGGUUUGUUCGGUUCAAAAGCCAACUGGAACAGCUUGAGCAAGGCCUUUCACCAGAAAACCAAACCCAUUCGUAAGAUCUACUCGAUUGACGCGCGGAACCACGGCGACAGCCCCCACUCGGAUGUCCACUCGUACGAGCACAUGGUCGCGGAUUUGGUGGCGCUGUACGAAAAGCUUGGAAUUGACAAGGCUUCCGUAAUCGGUCAUAGCAUGGGCGGCCGAGCCAUGAUGCUGCUUGCGCUUAAAUACCCUCAACUGAUCGACCGUGCCGUCAUCGUGGACAUUUCGCCAACGACCGGCCUCGGCACGAGCAACACCAACAUCCCGCUCUUCCUGCAGUCGAUGAAGCAGAUUCAAAUCGCGCCGGAAGAAACGAUCCACCAGGCGCGUAAAACGGCCGACACACAGCUGGCGAAAAUUAUCGCCGAAAAGCCCUUGAGAGAUUUCUUGAUUACGAAUUUAGUGAAAUCCGACGAGGAUGCAAGCUUCCGGUGGCGGAUCAAUCUGGACGCUUUGGAGACCAACUUCAACUCGGGAGUGGCACAGUUUCCCGACGUCAAUGGAUUACGCUUUGAUGGGCCGACGUUGUUCAUAGCUGGAGGACGGUCCGAUUACAUCAAACCCUCGGAUAUCCCGGUAAUCAAGAAGCUGUUUCCGCAAGCGGAGGUCAAAGUCGUCGAAGGAGCAGGUCAUUGGGUGCACAGUGAAAAGUCGGCGGAGUUUGCAAAGUUGGUGCUGGACUUUUUAAAUGCUUAACAGACGAAUUAUGUAAAGUCAAUAAACUUCAAUAUGGGGUGACUAUGAGCCAAACA